CCGCGACGACAGUGGACUCAUUCACUGGACAGUCCUUUCCUCGGCCAUCUUCCUGUCUCCGCUCAAGGACCAGCAUAAUCCCCUCCCCUCUCCCGAGGGAACAACGGGUAUAAUUCAAGCGGCUUAUGAAUAGCCAAUCUUCGUUGCUUGGCCUGAUUUGCUUUCCCAGCGACGCGCGAUCCGUUUCUGCUUCAUCUGUUGUCACUGCCCACAACAACAACCCUGGUACCUGGUUCAAGACGCAACGCUCCCUGAAGCAUCACCUACUACACGCCUUUCCGAUCCAGCCACGGGUACCCUGUCGACACUGUUUCCACGCCUCCCCCUCCGCCUCUCCAACUUCUUCCACAACAUCAUCCCAUCUGCUCUUCCACAAUCAAAACUGCUGUUCCAACUACCGGCCCGUGAUUCCUUCAGCUCCUUCAUUUACUCGCUCACUUUCCACCUGCUUACCUGUUGUGCUACGAGCAAAGCUACACUGGUACUAUCUGCAAACCAGCGAUCGAUUCCGCCGCCACCACCAUCCCUCGCGUCUCCUCGGUCACCAUAAUCAGUACCACCCCAUUCGACACAAAAGCAGCAGCCCCGAUAACUACACCGUACUUUUUCUACAUUACACCAUCUCGUUUGUUCUCUUCAUCGGCAUUUUGCAGCAGCACCUCGUGCAACACGUAGCAGAACACCUGCGUUCUAUGGCAGCUACACACAACCAGGCGUCUCCCCCAGAGAUGUUGCCAACCCCGCCCAUCGGGGCGUGCCCAGAGCUGUCCCGGUGCGUCUCAACAUCUUCAUCACAAUCACACGGCUCAAGCACGGAUGGGCCGUCGAGAGAGUCUCUCGGCAGCCACCAGGCUGAUUCUCGACAAUCGUCGGGCUCCUACCACUCGCGGAGAUCCGACGCCUCCGUCCAGUCCGUCGGAAGUGCGUCGCACAGCGUCGACUCUAAAGGCCGUCGAAGAGGAUACAUGCGCCCACAAGGUACUUAUUUCGCCGCUAGCGCCCGGUCUCGUGAGAGUGUCAUGAACCUAGGCAGCAUUGCCCAUCUACAAUAUUAUUUUGCACGAACUGGUCUCCUUGAUGGCAAGGGGGGGCAGUUAGCCAGGAAGAAGCAGCCUAGAGCCACGCUGGAUAUGGCUGCUCUAGAGGGUGAUGCCUCAGCUCCUAAGAUUGUUGAAUCUGACGCCGAUGCCGAACCCUCAUACACUUUUAUGGGCACUGCUCCAGACAUGACCUCCAACGACUAUAUAGCAAGCGCAACAAUAGGCCCGACACCAGACGAAGAUGACGACGACGACUGUUUCGAAGACAGUUUUGCAGAGUCCGACCCAGGUAUGCUUCCACCGACUGUGAGCACAUAUCAUGAAAAAGAAAAGCAUCUGCCGAAGCCGCCUUCAAUCGACGAGUUAAAGGAGGAUCUAAUAGCAUCACUGCAUGAGGCGGCAACAACUUUGCGUGAAGCUGAAGCUAGAAAAGCGGGAACCUAUGAGGGCUCAUCCAGCGACGCUGAUACUGUCAACAUGCCCGAAGAAAACACCCAAGGCUGGUACGAGCUGCAAGGCAUGCGCAUAUUGGAUGUCGUGACGCUGGCCAUCCGAGCAGCAAAGAUGUACUACACCGCACAUGAGCUCCCUGACCGUCUCGAUUCUAUUAAACCCGAGAAGCAAGUUCGUUCCGAUUUGCUAGCGGUGAUGGAGGUUCUGAAGCAGAUGGCCGUCCGCGGCUUCAAGGGCGGCAUGAAGGACGACGACAUUAAGACCAUUCUAGGAUGGACCGACAGCGUGUUUGACAUCCUCAAGAAGGAAGAGCAAAUCGAAGCGGCUGAGAAGCUCGAAAAAGACAGUUGGACAUGGCUCGAGGGCGACUGGACUGGACGCGAAUAUGAGCGCGAGCGUGCGUUUCUUAUGUCCAUGAGCCCCGAUGCAGAGCCUCUUCCAGAGUGGACACCAGCCAGUCUCGAUAGUACCCUACCCACGCCAUUCUUGAAGAGCAUGCAGAAUGGCCUCCGUCUCGUUAAGUUGCACAACGCUGUGGUUCAAAAGUCCAGGCGUCGCUUCGGCGCGAUCCCUACAUUCCACACGGACACACAAAAGCCCUACCGCAGUGCAGACAACCUCCGCUACUGGGUCAAGGCGGCAGAGCUGCGCUUCGAGAUUCUCAUCAAGAUUGACGCCUUGGGUAUUGUCUAUGAUAAUGGCCCCAAUGUCUGGAUGGACUUUGAAGUGGCCCUUCUCAAGUGGUGCAGUCUUGUUCGCCAGGAGAUUGCCAGCGAGCUUCGCAAAACCUGA